AUGGUCAAGCUCACUGAAGUCGAAGAUGAACAUUUCAAGGAAAAGCCUACAUCAUCAAAGACCGAGGCCCUGUUAUUGAGCGAGGACGAGGACGAGGACUACACUGAUACCGAGUCCGAAAUUUCUACAGACUCCUUCGACAACAACCUCGAAGACGAGACACUGUACGAGCGAAUCUGCGCUCUUCAAGACAUAAUCCCUGCCCAAUCCCGGCACAAGAUUUCUAGCACCUUCUCUUCACUCACUUCUUUCGCGAAAUCAACUGUUUCUUUCGGCGGAUCCGCUCUAUGGGUUGUAAGCACAAGUGCGUUCUUGCUUGGUGUCCCAUGGGCAUUGGCCCUGGCAGAGGAACAACAAUACGUUCAGAUGGAAAGGGAGCAAGGGAUGAUUAAGGGAGCUAACGAGAUGUUGACCCCUGGUGCUACAAGCGCUCUUACUGCAUCUGAUCCUACCGCUGUGGAGGGUAAGCCAGCCUUGUAA